UUCGAGUUUAUAAUUGAAUACCAAUAAUAAUUGGACAAAUUUUGCCGGUUUUAAUUAAUUGAAUUGUUCACUUUUGUUGGAGCAGAUACGUUAUCGAAAGGUUGGCCUGACUAAAUAUUAUAACAGUUUAAUUGCCUUCUUUAGUCUAGAAUAUCACAAUAGUAAAAUGUAUUUAGAUAAUGUAUAACGUAUGCGAAAUUAUAACUACUAACGUUUUAUUAAAACUUUUUUUUUUGUUUUCUUACGAGUAUGUAGAAAAUCAAUUAAUGCAACUUAUUGUGUCGUCCUCUUUUCAAAACAAAUUACAGGCUUUGGCCUUUAUCUGCCUUAGAAAUUGCGACUCAAGAUACUCCGCUCGCUUGCUGUCUGAAUUCUUCAGAUUUAAUUUAUCCAUUCAAAGAUUCUGAGCUACGUGACGAUCUAUUUAUUGGCUGCAAAUAAAAUUGUCCACGACGCUCUUGGAAGGCACUCGCAUGCCUCCGUGAACAUUCUUAUUGGAAUUCACUGCUAUAUAGUCUAUUGAAUGGCGAUUAUUCAGCCCUAAACGUCAUUUUCGUUCAGUCGCGUUCAGCUCUCUCGUGGCGCACACGUCUAGGACACACUUCAGCUUAAAAACAUUUCAAAGUUACCUGGGGAGCUGGAAUAAAGGAGUGAGAGUCCCCCGAGUAUUUUCCAUCUCGUUUGCAGUUCGAGUGUCAUUUUACCCCAACAGGGUGGUUCGGGGAGGACUGUGAAUAUGACCUAGCGCCCCAUGACUGCGGCACACCCCUCUCCUCCACGCCACACGUGCUCGCCAACCUGACACAUUCCGAAACACUCGUAAACCAUUAUGGUUUGGCGUUGGCUGCUGGUAUGCUGCGUGGCGCUGUGCGCGCGGCCCGCGUACCCGCAGGGCGCGCAGCAGUGCCCGGCGGCCAACACCAUGACCCCCUGCACGUGUACCGUUAAGAAGAACGGCCUGGACAUACUUUGCGAGUUCACCGAGCAGCAGCAUAUACAAAAGGCUAUGAACACGCUUCGCUCCAAGCCAAUGAUCAUUUUCUACUUAAAAUUGAGGCACAAUAACUUGGCGAAGCUUCCAUCUUACAUAUUUCUGGGCUUGGACAUCCGCCACUUGACUGUCCACAACAGUAGCCUGGCUGUCAUAGAGGACUCUUCAUUAAGUUCAAUUGGUAACAAGCUAACACAGUUGGACGUGUCGCAGAACAGUCUCGCUACAAUACCAACAUCCUCAUUCGCGCAUCUUAACCAUCUGCUCAUCCUCAACAUGAACCAUAAUAAGGUGACAGCGGUUCACAAUAGAGCCUUUGUGGGCCUGGAUACGCUGGAGAUCUUGACGCUGUACGAGAACCGGAUUUCUGUUGUUGACGGCGAGGCAUUCAAAGGCCUAGAAAAGAAGCUGAAGAGAUUGAACCUCGGCGGGAACGAGUUAACGGCGGUGCCGCAAAAGGCGCUCGCGCUCCUCGAGAAUAUGAAGAAACUGGAAAUGCAGGAAAACCGCAUCACUUCUAUCUCCGAAGGAGAUUUUGCAGGCAUGCGGAACCUGGACUCCCUGGGGCUAGCGCACAACCAGCUGCGCGAGGUUCCAGCGCAGGUGUUCUCGCAUCUCUCGCUGCUCAACUCGCUGGAGCUCGAGGGCAACCUCAUCCAGAGGAUCGAUGAGAAAGCCUUUGCAGGGCUUGAAGAAAACCUGCAAUAUCUCCGGCUGGGCGACAACCGCCUGCACGAGAUCCCGUCCGAGGCUCUGCGGCCGCUGCACCGGCUGCGCCAUCUGGAUCUGCGUUCCAACAACAUCACAUACAUCGGCGAGGAUGCCUUCACCGGCUACGGUGACUCCAUCACAUUCCUCAACCUGCAGAAGAAUAUGGUCCACCAGCUGCCAACAAUGGGUUUCGACAACCUCAACUCGCUGGAGACGCUCAACCUGCAGAACAACAAGCUGCAGCACAUCCCCGAGGAGAUCAUGGAGCCCAUCCUGGACACGCUGCGAGUUGUCGAUAUUAUGGACAACCCGUUGAUCUGUGACUGUGAGCUGGCCUGGUACGAGGCGUGGCUGGCGGGGCUACGCGACCGCGACGACGAGAUGAUGCAGAAGAAACGUACCGUCUGCACAAUGGUCAGCGAGCACCGCGAGUACAGCGUCGCCAAAAUGCCACUCGAGAAGAUGAAUUGCAAGAGGAAACCUGCCUACGAUCGCCCCAACAGCGCACUCCGCUGUGGCAUUUCCGUCACAAACUUCCUCCUCGCAAUCGUCACCAGGUGGCUCUACUAAAAGUAAAUAUACACUCUUAAGUUAACCCUUUUAAGUUUCAGCCAAGGCUGCCUCCAAGCUAGCUGUGGCCGGAUAGCUUGAAGUCCCCCUUCGCUUUAUACUUGGUUCGAUAUUUAGUAACGUGAUGAAUUUGUGCGAAAACUCGAUACAUAUCAAUUUGGGCUGAUAAAUUAGUAUUUUGGAGCGGUAGCUUGUGAUAGUAAAGGUUUUAACGAGUUAAAAGUAAGUGUGAUACUGUGAGUAUUUUUACAUUUUAGAAGACCUCUUACGGCAUGCCUUACUAAUGAGUAAUGUAACAACCAAAGAGUAGUAUAUUAUCAACUACAGUUCGGCAUUUUAUUAGUAUCACUGGAGACGUGCUUCAUUGUUAAUGACAUGCGUCUGUCGACGCAUAACAUUUGUCUAGGGUUUGCACGACGGAUCUGGAAUGUGUGGGAAGAUCCGUGGAUCCGGAUCCAGAUCUGGAUAAUUUAAUACAUUUCGGAUCCGGAUUGCAAACCCUAUAUUUGUCUAAGGGCCUUGCAAGAGCCGUUUUAUGUGAUUACAACAAAGAGAUACACAACUUAGGCACAAAUAUGAUUUGAAACUUUACAGAACCUUAAAAUUUGAAAUGAAAACUUAUAAUAUUUUUUUAUAGUUUAUCCAUACAAUUUAAAACGUAAUCUUAUAAAUACUUAUUAGGAAAGCUUUUGCGCAUUUACGAUGUUGACUAUAAAAUAAUAUAACUGUAUUCUACUCUUAUCGUGCGAGAUGAGCGGGGCUCGUGUAUUUUAAUUUACGAACUAAACUAUAUAUUCUCUUUCAUUAUUACACUUUCUGUGAUUCUGGAUUUAUUUCUUCCAAUUAUCUACCUCUCUUUUGCUAUUUAGUAAAAGUUUACAAAUGAUUUACUUUAAAUACUAUUAUUUUGUAUGAAUUCUUUAUUUAAAGUGACAUUUAAAUUUACAAAUAGAGCCCCUAAAUGUUCUAUUUGACGUAGAAAUAGGAGUAGUGAAAUAAGUGUUAGGUAAUUAUUUUCUAAGUAAACUAAUUAUAUGCUGUUAAUAUGUUAGAUUAUUACUUUGAUUGUUGGCUGAAGUUACAUUUAGCAAUAUUCCAAUCAUUAUUAUAUCAUGUUUAAAAUAUUUGACGAGUCUCAAAAUUAACGAGUACCCAGGAGGGAUCAUAAUUAUAAUUUAAAAAGGCGGUUAUUCAAUAAUCUAAAUCAUAGUUCUUACUUAUAUCUUUUCAGUUAGUCACUAUCUUCUUUUUUGUAGCGUUAAAUCAAAUAAAGCUUAGGUAUAUUUGCUGUAAAAGUUUUAUCGAUAUUAGAUAGCGCGUGGUAAUAAAUGUGACUUUAAGCAUUGCCUGCAUUCAUUUAAAAAAAACUAAAUCUUUAAAAUGUUAUGUUUUAUACAAACAAAAACCCAUUGAUAUUGUAAAAAAAAAUGGAAUCGGAUCUAAUAUAUAAUAGGGUACUAGCCUAAGUUUAAAGGCAAAGUUAAAGUAAAUUGGAUUAAAACCAGAAUUUCUAUUAAAACGAGUUUUAAUAAAUUCACCUUCGAGCUUCAUACAAAAUAAUGUUCUAAAAUUUAGUGGAAAUAUAUUUUCGCCAAUUUUUGUAUAAAAAAUAUUAUCAGUAAAAAAAUUAUAAACAAGGGUAAUCUUGAAAACUAAAAACAUAUCCAUUAGUGGUCUGAAUUAUAAAUAAGUAAAAUAAAAGGUAACUAAAAUAAAAAAAUUAAGGAACAUAUACAUGAGAGAGUAAUGUUCGACCAAUAUUUACUACUCCACCACGAGCUCAAUUUCCCGCAUGGCAAUCAUCGGUGACUCGGAAAAAAUAAUGAAAAUUUCUCAAGCACAACAAAGAGUGUUGUAUGUUUACGCAAGAGAAGUCACUAUCCAAUAUAAGAAAGUGGUCAGCUGGAGAGCUGAAAAUCAAAUGAAGUAAUUAUAUUUACAUUUGUGAAUGUUGCUAAAGAAAAUGUUUAAUGAAUGCAUGACGCGAGAUUGAAUAGGCAUAGUCCUAUUCACAUUGCAUUCGUUAUUGUAUUUUCUACACUAAGCAUGUUAUUGAAGGCAAUCUUAGGAUAUAGUAUUUAAGGUAACAAUUACAAAUAGAAACGGAUAGAAAAGCACGUUGUUGUCUCCUCAAAAUAACAUUAAAGUUUUAUGAUAUAUGAUCAAUAUUUAAGUGUAUACUAUGUUAUUAUACGUACAUUUCUUGUUAACACAUAGGCGUAUUCGAGUUGUAGUUAUUCGAUCUAUUUUCGAUAUUGUGAUACUGAUCUCUCAGUAUCAAAAUUGACUUUUCUUCAAGCAAAAACGUCACUUUUAACAUUGACAGAUCAGUAUCAUAUAAAAAACAGAUCGAAUUACUAAAAUUCGAUUACGCCUGUCAAUUUGUUUCAGUUUAUGUUUUAGUUGCAACAUUUUAACAUUUUUUUUAAAGUGGCUUAGAUAGUCUUGGUAAUACGUUUAUUGGAGUUAUCGCAAUAAUUAAAUCAAUUGAACACGAUGUUGGUACCAAAUUCAGUUGACUGCACGUAUUUGAUAUUGAUAAAUAAAAUUAAGGUAUUCUAAUUAAUGUGAUGUAGUGAUUUGUAAGCACAAAUAUAUACUCUAUACACUUUACAAUAUUGCACCUUUAUGUCACGAUUAUAUACUUAUUAAAUAUUAAUAUUAAUCAGAGUCGAAAAACCUGAUAAAUUAAGAAAAACAUACCAUUUCAUACACUUAUUAAAUGUAUCUACAUGUUUUUAGAUUAUAUUAAAAGUAUAACCAUUUUCUCAUAAUAUUGACGUCUCUCGAUGAUAUUUAGUGUCGUGUUUUAUUCAAGUUAUUAUGUAGUGAAACAUUUAUUAUCUUCGUGUCUUACUAAACUGUAGAUGAUCUGAGGCAAGUUAUUAUACAUACUUACUAUGAAAGCACUACGUAUUUAGCUGUUUAAAUAAUAUUUACUUAUAUCAAUAUCACACAAUGUUUACAAUAUUUAUCUACGUAUUUACUUAAUAUAUAUAGGUAAUGAGACCAAAUAGCCAUUGACGUGUACGCGUUUCAAAUAUGACUCGCCUGAAAUAUGACUACGGCAAUGAAAAAAAAAAUGCUUUUUCCACACGUCGGUGGAAAUUAGGAUCGAUAAUGGACAAAAGAACCAGCACAAACAUAUCGGGACGGUGGCGUGAACCAAAAUGUGACGCCGCCGGUCUAUGAUCGUACAUAUCAUUUAGAAUAAGCCACUUAGCGAAUGUAUAUCACUGUUGUAUGUUGUUGGUAUAACGUAUAUUUACUGUUAUCUUUCAUUGUUCAAGGGAAAGCUUAACGUAAUUCCAUUUCUUUAAAUAUGAUUGUAGCCUAGUAAGUAAGAUUGAUCUAGAUCUGUGCAUUACUACUGUUGUAAUAAUGAGUUGGGAAUACUUACAUUAUAAAAGAUCAAGAGUGGAUUGUGUCACUGAUGAAUACACUAUGUAACAUGCAAGUAAAGGAUAUGAGAAUGUAAAAACAUUUACGUCGGUUAAAAAAACAUAAUUCAUGAUUGAUGUUGUUAAACAUGCACUUCGGUUAAUAAAGUGUCCCUGGAAAACUACGCUGAGAAGCUGACGUUUGCAGCAUUAAGCGCCUCAUAUUCGUUAAAAACGAAUGUGAAUCUUUAAGUGUGGAAAUUUUCUUACGACAUUUGUGAAAGUAUAAGAAGUUUUUUUUUUCAGUUCCAUAUUAAACAUAAUUUAGUACAAUGUAAUUACUUAAUCUAGUGUACAUUUUCAUCCUACACAGUAAUAACAAUAAAUUAAUAAAGUUUAGUGAGCUAUAGGCUUUUUAACACACACAUAACAAGAAUUAAAUUUCCGAAAAUUUUGCCGUUGCAGGCGUCAGUUUCGAGUGAGUUUGCAAGCGUUUGCUUGUAGCCCAAGGCUACAUUAGUUGAAGCAGAAUACGGUUGGCUCAUUGGCUCGUUGAUCUUGGUAAAUCAAAGGUAAUUCAGUAAAAACCACAACCUAAACUACCUUGCUUGAAUUGAUCUGAUAUGCAUAUUCAAAGUCAAAAUCUCUGCAACGAUACAACUUAAAAACUUAAAACUCGGCAAAUUAAAGUUGUUUGCUUGAAUCCCAAUGACAACCAAAUCAAGUUCAAUAUUGACGUUGAGAUUUUAUUCGUGGGGUGGUUCAUAAAGUUUAAUCGAUAUCCUUGUACUAAAUGGUUGUAUCUAUUGAUGUUUCAUGUUUCCAGCAAUAAAACGAUUUGGUGUUAAUCUCAAUAUUCUAUCGGCAAUAUUUAUAGUCGUAUUUUAAUGUAUUUUUCUUAAAAGAUAUCUGUGUUAAGAGCAAGUUUAUAGUCACAUUUAUUAUUGUGUUGACUCGUAAAGUAAGUAAUGUAAUUCAAAUACUGAUAUUUUACUCAUAAGGGUGUAUUUAUUUUAUUCGGUUAAAUAAAAAAAUAAAUCGGU